UUUCUAAUCUUCACACUGGAUUAUUAAAUUUUCACGUGUACGCAUGACGUUAAAUACAUGAUGUUUCCACCUCUUUAUGAGCAAAUCAUUUUCCUUUUUGUUUACAUCAUUUACAAUGCCCCAUCAGUAGAAAACAAAUUGAUUGUGUGUAAACGUCAGAAAAUGUAUCUUUUUACUGAUCCACGAAAGCGAAUUCUUACCCGUUGCAAUUAAAAUUGUUAGCCAAUAUGCUCCCCCAGUACGAACGGCUUGGGGACAGUGGCUCCGGCGUAGCCGACCAAACUGGUCGAAGUGCGAUUCGUAUCCGCUUCGGUAAGCUGGCUGUGAUUACGGUAAUGUUCCCAGUUCUGGGAUUCCUGUUCUGUGUCGUGUGGUCUCUGCUGUACAAUUUCGACCAGGCCAACUCAACCCACUGUCUUGUGUAUAAUUUCCUACCAUCACUUUCGGCGGCAAUUGGAAACUAUCAGCCACAACGAUUUGUAUGGCAAUUUUCGGUGCUGGUACACGCCCCACCGCGGUACGCGAUCGCGUUUCUCUACAAAAACUUCCACGUGGGUUUGUUGCGCAAACGACGAAAGGAAUUGGCCUAUCUAGCAUGCAUACUAAACAUUACGGAACUGAGCUCGCUGGUUGGGCUUACCAUGUGGACUUCGAUUGAUAACUAUGAAGUGCACAAGUUUUGCUUUACUACAUUUGUAAUUGCAUCGAUGAGCUAUAUGAUCAUACUGAUCAUCAUCAAUCGAGCAACCCGAGAACUCGAUAUUCUGUCCGCGUCGGAAAAGAAAUCUAUAAAAUACAAGAAAAGACUGUUCGUUGCAAAUCUCUGCUCAAUCCUACUGGCAGUUUACUUCUUUAUUAGGCACAACACUUAUUGUGAACGCGGAGUCUAUUCACUCUUCGCUUUGAGUGAGUAUGUAUACGUGUACAGUAAUAUUGGCUUCCACAUGACAGCAUAUUGGGAUUUUAUUAGUGCGAAUCUUUACUUCGACUGGAGGAACGGUAUACACUUCUCAAGCAUUUGAAUCCAAGAAUUCAGCGACCAAUAAUUUUGCGUAGCAUAACGAAAGGAAUCACACAGGCACUAUGACGCAUGAAACACAUUGUGAAUUGAUUUAGGUUUAAAUACAAAUCUCUUGUGGUCGUAAGCUACAUCGUUUCAACAAGGGUUAUAUGAUAAUAGUGAUAGAAGUCGAUGAUGCUUACGAAAGGUAGUUAUAGUAUCAGCGGAUUCAAACGACGAGUAUAAAUUGCUAUUUUGAACUUUAUUGUUUUACAAAUAGAGUUUAAGGACUUUUACCCUGCAAAUAAAA